GCCUCCAAACUGCCUGGGGGGUGAUGUGCUGAAGUGGCAGAGGGGAGAGCAGCAUGAGGCUCCAGCUGGAGAAGCAGCUCCUCUUCCUCUCCCUCCUCUGCAUCCUCUCCAAGGUGUGUGCCCAGCUGUGCCGGAGACCAUGCUACUGCCCCUGGGUGCCACCCCGCUGCCCCCGCGGGUCCCCCCUGGUUCUGGAUGGCUGUGGCUGCUGCAAGAUCUGUGCCCGGCGCCUGGGGGAGCCCUGUGACUUCCUCCACGUCUGCGACCAGAGCCAGGGCCUCGUCUGUGACUACAGCACAGCACCGGCCGGGACAGGAGGCACCUGCAACUUCGAGGAUGACGAGGAGGGCUGUGAGGUGAACGGCCGGGUCUAUCGAGAUGGAGAAGUUUUCCAGCCCAGCUGCAAACUCCAGUGUCGCUGCCUGGACGGGGGCUUCACCUGCAUCCCGCUGUGCCAGGAGGACGUGAGGCUGCCCACCCCGGACUGCCCCUACCCACGGCGCGUGGAGAUCCCGGGGAAGUGCUGCCCCGAGUGGAUCUGUGGAGCCCAGGACCAGCACCUCCUCCGGGAUGCCAGGGCAGCCCCCGGGGCAGUGUCCCCAGUGCUGCCAUACCCCUGCCAGGAGUGGGGCACAGAGUGGAGCGCCUGCUCGGCCACCUGUGGCGUGGGCUUUGCCACCCGCGUCUCCAACCAGAACCGCUACUGCCGGCUGGAGACCCAGAGGCGGCUCUGCGUGGUCAGACCCUGCCCCGCCCUGCCCGCAGCAUUCCCGGCGAGGGGAAGAGGAGGUCAUUUGUAGCUGUGCCCACCCUGGUUUCACCCCGGAGCCAACGCCUCAUCCUGGCAAAGAGUCUGGCACAAACCUAUGGCAUUGUGGUUUUGGUGAAGAUGGAGAAACUAGAGAAGUUUCCAUUGAGAAACUAGAGAAGAACUGAUGGACUUUGGCUGCAAAGGAGGCUGGAAAUAGAGAAGAAGAUCCCCCUCUCACUUAGAACCUGCCUCCUCUGUGCACCCUGCUGCCCCAGGCAGGAUUAGUGGGCAGCAUUCCCGAGUUUCUUAGGCUGAAUGAAAUGGGAAAUGGGGAAACCCUGCCCCAAGCAUGAACCCACCCAAGAAGCCAGGAAUCGGUCCUUUCCUGGAUCAGUGGAGCUUCUGGAGAGGUGAUGCUGCUCCUCCACCACAUCACACAGCUCUGCUCUGUGUGGACUGCAAUAGAGGCCAUCUCCAGCACCUGGAAGCCCAAAUCCCUGGAGGGAACCCUCAUGCCCUGGCCCCCCAGGGAGGGAGCAGGUACAUCAGGCUGCACCCACAAGUCACUGCCGUGCCAGGCUGAGCUGCCCCACCGUGCGGGAGCUCGGCCAGCCCACGAUACCCACCCUGCAAACAGCGGCUCCUCCCUGGGCAUGGGCAGGGUCCUCCUGCUGACAGCUCUAAUUCACCUUCCCCGCAUCCCUCCAGAACAAACACGAGCCUUCCCGCUCCUCCUGGCCUCCUCCUCUCCCAGGCGCUGGCGGUUUGGCAGAGCUGCGGCGAGCGAGGAGCUCAGACGGAGACACCGUCCCGCGGCACCAGACAUACCGCCUGCCAUCCAAGCACAUUCCCUGUGAGCCCGGGCCAAAGGAAAAGCAGGAGAAAGAGAAAACAAAAUCGCAAAGAUGAGUCGGAGCCGCCUCCCGACGGGCUGGAGCCGCUCCAGCUGCACAGGAGAGCUGCUCGGCGGUUCUGGCUGUGCUUUCCCUCGGCAGUAACCCUUGUGGGCGACCGAAAAUGAAACCCAAAUGCCCUCUAACGGCCUCGCACCAGCGUGCAGAGGGAACGUCCCACCGCAGGGAGACAGGGGCAGCUGCAAGGAGCAGUGGUGCAGGUGACACGUCCAGGUGAGAUACGGACUUUUUAGACGUGUAUUUCUGGAACUAAAAAUAAAGGUGUGCUGAUCGA